CUGAUUCGCCAGAUCGUUGUAGGCUCGUAGCAGCGAGCUACUAGCAAUGAGCAAGAGGCGCAGGCAUCAGCUUGGCGAGGGAAUGGAGAGCACCGUGGACACGGCCCGCCUCCUCGUGCUCCUCUCGCAGCAGCAGCAGCAGCGGGGCGGCGUGGGCGUGGGCGACGUGCAGCGCGGAUGCCGCGUGUUCGAGUGCAAGACGUGCGGCAGGAGGUUCCCGACGUUCCAGGCGCUGGGCGGGCACCGCGCCAGCCACAGGCGCCCCAGCCCCUACGGCGCGGGGCUACGCCCAGGGCGCCGGACGCUGGAGGCGCACGGGGGCGAGUGCGCGGCCGGGCCGAGGGUGCACGGGUGCUCCGUCUGCGGGGUCGAGUUCGCCGUUGGGCAGGCGCUGGGCGGGCACAUGCGGCGACACCGGACCGCGACAGCCGACGCCGAAGCCCUCGGCACCGGGGACGGGACGUCGGGGAAGGACGACGACGUUAGCACCGACUGCGCCGGUGGCAUCUGCUUGGACUUGAACCUGGCGCCGGCGGCGAACUGCGCCAAGUGCCGGACGAACGCUGUGCUCGGCGACACGGUGCAGGCCGUACGGGAAACUUUGAUACUGGAUUGCUCUCUUUGAGAAGCUAGCUGCCUCGUACACUAGUACAAGUUUUGUUGGAUUCCAUUUUUGUCUGUAUUUUCGUGAAUAUUGGUAUCAUUACCUAAUAUGUUUUCCUGCUCUUUAUAAACAAAGUUUCACUUGAUACAGACAAGUGGCGGAGGCAGGAUUUUAGAGAUGGGUGGUUGGGAGUUAUCGUCGAUAACACCAAAGUAUG